UCCGUGUGCAUUAGCAAUAUGGCGGGAUACAAACGCUGUUGGAAGUUGAAAUAUGAUAGAAGCAUACUAAUGAUUUAUUCCUUGUUAUUUGCCUUACUGAUCAUUUCACCAAUCGCCUCGUCAGAAAACAGCGUGUUGACCGUUGCAGACGCAAACUGGACUGUCAUUUUAGAAGGAGAGUGGAUGUUGAAAUUCUAUGCCCCAUGGUGUCCAGCUUGCCAACAUCUUCAAAAUGACUGGGAAGGGUUUUCGAAACAAAGCAAGGCCCUGGACAUAUCUGUUGGGAAGGUGGACGUUACACGACAGCCAGGUUUGAGUGGGCGGUUCCUCGUGACAACCCUGCCAACUAUAUUCCAUGCCAAGGACGGAAACUUCCGGAGGUAUAUGUCCUCCCGGUCUGUUGACGACUUCCAAGCGUACAUCUCUCAGAAGAAGUGGGAGUCAGUGGAGCCCUUGCCAGGAUGGAAGUCACCAUCCUCUUUCCUCAUGUCUGGCAUGGCCGCCCUCUUCCGCCUCUCCGUCUGGAUCAGGCAAAUUCACAACUACCUGACUGACAGCCUCGGCAUUCCGGUGUGGGGCUCCUACAUCAUAUUUGCACUGGUGACCUUGUUCACCGGGCUGCUGCUGGGCCUGAUGCUGGUUCUGAUCGCAGACUUCUUUUGGCCAUCCAGACCGAAGCACUAUGAGCUGAAGCCUGGCACACAAGCUGGAGCGAGGGAUGAAGGCUCCGAGGAAGAGAUGGAGGAGAGGAGAGCGUGGGAUGCCGACAACGAGCACGUCUCCGGCGACGACUCCACCGAGGACGACGCCACCCCUGUCGCGGAAACGGCAGACAUCGCCACGGCAACCGCCCCCCACAGCGACUCCCCCACAGACCUGAGGAAGAGGAAGCCCCACGAGUCCCAAAACUCCCCAGAGGGCACCUAACGCCCCCCGCCCCCGCCCCCCCCGAACCACACUCCGCUCCGCUCACCGCCUUUUUAUAUCCGACCCACAGUGUUUCCUGUUUCCUGUUUUUAAAACGUCCAGCCUCCAUUCCACACCAGCCACUUGAGGUCAUGACCUAUACGUGCGCACCGUGUUCUUCCAGGUGGGCUCUUUGCAUGAACAGAGAAGUGUAGUCCUCUCCCUGGAGGUCAAUGCCAAAUCUUUGCUGACAGGCCUCUUGGAGUGUUUCGAAUGUGUUCUAAAGAAUCGCUGUUAUUUUCCGUCACAUGCCAAAACAAUGACAUGCAGUAUAACAAAAGAUAUACAAAAAAAAACAAAAAAACAACUACAUCCAAAUAACUCCAGUUCACCACCAUAUAACCAUGUUCACCGUCUUUUAGGAUCAAAAGUACUUUCUGUUAACACAUUUUCAUAUCUAAACCAAAAGAAUUUGGGAGAAAACACUCAACAUGUUCAAUACCGAUGGCAGCAAAUAGAUUAUUGAUGUCCAGUGACUUUGAGAAAACAAUAAGUAGAUAUGCACAGGUGAUUUAUAGCAGUCCCUCCAGGAGACAAUCAUCGCUCUGAUCUACAGUAGCUGUUUCUGUCAGCCGUGAUGUUUGAUUUGAUCUGGAUGUACUUUACAGUAUGUUAUUUUUGGUUGUACUCUCAGGAGAGUGGGGGUCCACCUCUGGUAUGUUCUUAAUGAUCACUUAAGGGAUGGGUGGGGAGCACGCAACAGGACUUACCUGAGCCUGAACAGCUCCACUUCUGUAAGUCCACAAGUAUGCAGUCCACAAGUAUGCAGUCACCAUUGGUGCACAGUGCACACACAGAGCCCGAAGGCAUGGAUGCUUGUGUGUGUUUUUUUUAGAGAAAAUGAGCCGAAAACAUGCUCUUGCAUGCAAGGGUUACAAGUGUGUCCUUGCUACAUGUCCACUGCCUUGAAACAGUUAAAUAAGUAGAUAUCAGGUAAUGGAAAUGAACUUUUUUCCCCUGAAAGAAGCCAUUGAAAUUACCAAUAGUUUUAUUUAUAUAUCUGAUUUUAAUGAAAAUGAUUAUAUGCACAUUCUUAGAUUUGAAGAUUUGGGUGCUUUUUGUGAUGAAUGAACAUUUUGAAGUAAUUUUUUAACUUUCUGUUUUAUAAGGCAAAUAGACUGUUGCAAAGUCAUACAUUGUAUUGAACACAUGUGUGGGAAUCUGCAGUGUUUACAAAGAUGUCGAUUUUGUAUGAAGUAAUUACCUAAUUGUUGGAAAACAAUAUUUUAUUUGAAUCUAUUCUGCCGACUGCUAAUAACAUUAGUCCGGCGAACACAACUCCGAUCCCAGUUUUUGGGAGCUUACCUGUCUUACCUGUCUUAGACACUUUUAUGGGGCCAAAAAUACAUACAGCCGACUGUAUAUUCAAAAAGUAAAACUAAAUAUCAGACCCAUCAUUGCUCUUGUUUAGUUAGGAUAAAUGUUUUACCAGAGUAAUCUACUUGUUUCUAUUUUUCUUGUUUUUCAUCAAGAAGUCUGAUUGUGCCAUUGUUGUUUUUGUGACUGCUCUAUUUUCAGAUUGAAAUCUUUGUCUUUGUGUAAAGUGUGUAAACUGUGUGUCUUGAAUUUUAGAUUUCAGAUAAAAAAUUGCUUUGACUUUUCUUAAACAAUCCAAUUAUUUCACUUUGUGUGUUAUGCUAAGCUGGUAUUACCUGGUUUGUAAAUGGAAUUUGAAAAUUCUGAUUUCUGACAUCAAUAUGUGUAAGAAGAACAAUGUAAAUGUUAAGAGAUACGAAUGAAAGAUGCCUGAAAGUCAA